AUGGCCUGCAGAAAGUCAGAGCAGGAGGUCUGUGAUCUAAACACCGCAACGUCCUCGAACUUGCUUGCUGAGGACUUGGACUCUGCCCACGAACACCCCUGCCUAACGUCUCAGGAGCUGGAGAGGGAGAUGGUGCCGGACACGGUGCUUCAGGUCGACGCGGAGAGCUUCUUUGUGAACCGACAACGGCUGGCUGGCCUGAGCCCUUACUUCCGGGCCCUGUUCUACGGGGGAGGCCGGGAGAGCACCAAGAGCCACGUCGAGAUGAAGGGGGUUCGCCUGGAGCAGUUCCGCGUCUUGAUGGAAUACGCCCGGAGCUCCAGUUUGGCCCUGGACAGGGAGAACGUACUGGGGAUCCUGGAGACGGCGGACUACCUCCAGCUGGAGAAGGCGAGGUCGCUGUGCUGCAAGUUCCUGGAGAGGGAGCUCCACCUGAGCAACUGCCUGGGAAUGAUGGCCUACGCCUGGCAGCUGGGCUGCCUGGACCUCUACGCCGUGGCUCGGGAGGUGGCUCUCACCCACCUGCCCGCUCUGGCCUGCGAGGAGGACUUCAUGCUCCUGCCCAAGGAGAGCGUGGCCGACCUGCUGUCGAGCGACGACCUGUUCCUGCCGCGGGAGGACUUCGCGUUCGAGGUUGUCCUGCGCUGGGCGGCUUUCGACCCCAGUCGCGAGGAGGACUUCCUAGAGCUGGCCGGCCUGGUGCGGCUCGAGUGCCUCAGCCUGUCGUACAUCGGCGAACUGCUGACCAGCGUCAAGGGCUCUGACCCCCGUGCUAAGCUCAUCUGCAAACUGGACGCCAACCCUCCGGCCAGUUGGGCUGAACGACGACCCGUGCCUCGGACGAGGGCCCGAGAGUCUCUCUACAUGCUUGGCGGGCCCCAUGACCACGACGAGCAGAUGCUGUACCAGUUCCAUCCCCGUUGUGGGAUGUGGUGUUCCUGCGCACCUCUCAAAAGGAAGAAUCUCACGCAAUAUGCUGUGGCAGCAGUAGGGGAAAUUGUGGUCGUGACGGGGGGCUACUUCCUGGACGAGGUGGUGUGGUACAGCGUGGACUGGGUGCGGGUGUUCCAGACCGCGCGCGGCGCCUGGCUGGACGGGCCCGCCAUGCAGAAGUCCCGGCACAGCCACUGCUCGGUGGGGCUGGGGUGCGAGCUGUUCGUCCUGGGGGGGAGCACGGACGAGGGGCCCGUGGCGGACGUGGAGAGGCUGACCGUGGGGGCAGAGGGCUGGGUGACCGUCAGCCCCAUGGUCCGAGCGGUGGAGAGAGCGGCAGCGGUGGCCAUGGGCUCCUGUAUCUACGUGGCCUGUGGCCUGGAUGAAAACGGGGAGGUCUACGGUGGCAUCCAGAGGUACCAGGUGGAGACGGACCAGUGGGACAUAGUCUCCUACUCCCCACUCCCACGGUAUGACCUCCUCGCCACCAAGCUCAACGGCGCCCUCUAUCUCUUCGGAGGUCAGGCGCUGCGAUUAGACGUGACGACGGACGAGUGGACGGUACUAGAAGAAGAGAGCCUGGAGAGGAAGUUCUUCACGGGCUGCACCACCGCUAACGGCCAAGUCUACCUGCUGGGGGCACGUAAGGGCAACAAGACAAUCCCCAACAUGGUGCUCCUGGACCCUUAUACUGACACCUGUUUGGAAAUGGACGACAACAUCCCGUGUCCUGUCCCAAUACGAGGCUGCGUCACCGUCAGGGUCACUUCCUGACCUCCAGCCAAUGGGACUCGUGGGAUCAUGGGCCGGAAGGCUUGCCGGACCAGUGCGCACAAAAACAUCACCUUCAUAUGUGCCAUUUUUGUUUCUGUGAUUGACAGCCGUACCCUGGUGUAAAAUCCAGCUAUGACCAGCUUGAAAUGACCAGCUACCACCUGUUUCAAAACAUAACUUGUGCUGGUCGAACCAUGUCUAAAUUGGUCAACCAGCUACCAGCAGUUUCAAAACCUAGCUUGAGCUGUUUUUUCAGCAGGGUAAUCAAAUCUUCCUCCUCUCUGGUUAUCCAGGUAUACCUUAGGUGGAAGAGGGAAGCUGUACACUGCAUGUUUGCAUAGUAUACAAUUUAGUUCAAUUUUGAUAACCUAAUCAGCACUUUAACACAAGCACGAUACACAAAAGUGGUUGAUAUAUGUUAUUAAUGUGUGUGAUCUGUUUUAUGCACAAAAGUCUCUGGAUGUACCAAUACUCGCUGUACCAUCAUAAACACAAGACAAUGUGUCAAUUUAGCCAAAAUGUAUUUAUUAAUAUUACACAGGUCACAGAGAGAAAACACUUCUGUGAUGUGCUUUUUACAUUCUUUUAAAAUUUAAAUUCUAGAACAAUAUAGACUAAUCUCAUCUUAGUGUCUGGGUCAUUGUUAUAGCAGACUUACAAUAAUUGUACAAUAAUUGCCGUGAGGGAUGAGGUUUCAUAUUUAAACUGUUUUAAAACACCUGUUGGUCACAGAGAUCAAAUGUAACAGAUCUAGUUUAAAAACAAAAAACAGCCAAAUCCAAUAAACUGAUUUCAAUAGAAAAAUGGACAGUGGAAAAGCAUGGUAGGUGUUAUAUAUCAAUAAGCAUAAACUGAAUAAAAGUAGUAACUAUAUGAGAAAAUCACAACCUUGGAGGUCACUCAAGUCUCAAUUGUGUAUACCUGUAUGUAACACAUCUGAAUGACAUUCACAUUCUCUAUUUUUUUGUAUUGUGAAUUGCUGAAAAACAAA